GAGCGCCGCCCACCGCAGCCGAGUGACGUCCGCGGGCGGGCCGCUCCUCUCUCUCCCCGCCGCCGGCAUGCCGAAGCUCAGCAAGGAGGCCAAGCAGCGGCUGCAGCAGCUCUUCAAGGGCGGUCAGUUCGCCAUCCGCUGGGGCUUCAUCCCGGUCGUGCUUUACCUAGGUUUUAGGAGGGGUGCAGAUCCAGGAAUGCCUGAGCCCACAAUCUGGAGUCUGCUUUGGGGAUGAAAGAUGUGGCUGUCUGCUCUAGAACCAGCUGAUGGACAGAGAAAGUGUUUGAAGAUUCAUACGUUCCAGAGGAUGAGGCGAAUGCUUUCACCAGCUGACUCUGUCAGCUUGCUAAUGGCAUAGGUUGUACAUACAACACAAUGGAGUUUGUAUGGAUGUAACUUAUUUGGAUUAUGGUAAAAUUAAAUCUAGUUUGAAAUGGA